AUGUUUAGGGGAUCGGUGAAGUUACUGCGCUAUCGGACGGCAUGGCGCGAGCUCCUUCAUGUGCUCCCAGUCCGGGCUCGCCAGGACCAGUGGCUCAAACGGGAUGUGGUGGAGAUCAACGAGGCCAUCCUCCGGCUGCCCUACUACACCCUCAAGACCUACGCCAGGCCCAGCUACGUCAACCGGCGCGACCUCCUCGGCUCGGACGUCUUGGGCACCACCGACGACGACGACGGGGGGUCCCCGCAGGGGGGGAAUUAUGUCCUGCAGGAGCAGCUACGCAGGCCUCGACAGGCCACCUCGCCGGAGCGGAUGCAGGAGCUGCGGGAUGAGCUUCAAUUUCCCUCCGCGGUCGGGCCUUUGCCCGCGGUGGACGGGCCGAAUAAUAGGGCGACCUACGAGGAGGAGUACGGCUCUCGUUUACGGCCACGCUACCCUGAGUCGUGGGAUACGGUACCCCCCCACCAGCCUUCACGUGUUGUGCCGUAG